AUGUCUGGGAAGCUAGUGGGUACAGUGACGCUUUUGGUGCCGGAAAAGGGGGUAAGCGGCGCAGAUUCGGAAAUGGGAAGCUCGGGAGAGGCUAACCAUCAAAAAGAAAGUAUAGGAAGGGAAAUUUUGACGGAAAAAUACAUGGCUCUUGAAGAGCAUCAACAAGAAGAAAAUCAUGAAUUGAAAAAGGGAGCUCUAAGUAAACAUAAACAAGACACAGAACUGAACCAAGGAACACAAACACAAUAUCACUCGAAACUUGAGGACAAUUCUUCACCAAAUCCAAUUUUUCAUCAAGACUCAACCAGCACCGAGCCUGCUUCACAAAUAUUGAAUGAUGUACAAUUAUGGGGAAACGACAAUUCCACCUUUAGUGGCCUGUUUUCCUUUGUUUCCUACGUCAAUGUCAGCUUGAUACCAUUAUAUCUCAUAUCUGGUGCACCGUGUCGAGUUUACACCACUUCUACCAUUACCACCAGUUUCUUUCAAAAUCAUGUUGCAUCUUGUGUAGGCUCGGGAACCAUGUUUGUUGACUCCCAGACCUACCUUGUGUUUUACAGCGACACUGAACACAACAUAUGGGGGUUCAAAAUUGAUUUUGGGCUUCUUGAAAAACUGCAACAGCUAUCCUUCAACCCAGAUACCAUCACCACCGAGUCAACCCAUGACGUUUUCGAGCGAGUUCUAUCAGAUAAACGACGUAAAAAGCAGUCCAACAAAUUCAUGCUUUCCAAUACUGCCAAUCCUGUCACUCAACUUUCCACCCAGCAUUUCACUUCAAAUGAGCAGGUCUCACAAGCCAUUGGCAAACUAAUUCUUUCUGGUCUUCGAUUACGAGGAGUCACUACCAAUUCACCCUCACCCAACGACCGUGUGGCAGUACGAGAAAUUUACCAGAUGACCCUGAAAGCUGCUAUAUUUGCAGUUCGAAAGUUCAACUACAAUUUUCAACCACAUGGAAAAGUGGACUUAACUUUGGACCACCUUCAGGAUAUUGUCGAGCACUUAUUACAAGUAUUUAUAGAUGUGGAUGCACAGUAG